AUGUCAGCAAGCCAGGCAGAGUCAGUCACGACCUCCGGCAGCUGUGCCUUUCACACGGUCGACGGUGUGGCGGCGGAAAGCGAAGGUGUCCGCUUCAUCAGAUUGCGCGAAGAUGCCCAGGUGGGCAAGGAGAUACUCCGCGUGCAGGCCUAUCCCCGAGCCACGGCGGCCCUCAAGGGCGCCGAUGCCAGUGGGGAUCACAAGUACUUCAAUCUGACCGAAUACAAUGCCACCACACUGGUGAUUAGCCUGGCCCGUUCCCUGGAGCGUUUGGUGGAUCGGGAUGUGCCCAGGAAUCUGCUCAAGUUCCGCAUCCUCUGCGCUGGCAAACAGGACAAACUAGAGGAGGGAAGCUACCUCUCAAUCACCGUUUACAUCGAAGACGUGAACGACAAUGCACCAGAGUUUCUCAACGUGCCCUAUGUGGUGGAUGUGGACGAGAACACCUCCGUGGAGAGCAUCGUCUUUGAGGGGGUGCAGGCCUUCGAUCGGGACAAGCCCAAUACCCCAAAUUCCGAGGUUCACUUCAGCAUGUCCACGGUGCCGGAACAACUCUCCGCCGAUGGCAGUCCGUACUUUGCCCUCAAGAGCCCACAUCGACCGCUGCUCAUCCUGAAGCGGGAGCUGGACUUUGACAACGGCAUCAGGCAGUUCAAGCUGCCAAUAUUCGCCUGGGAUCGGGGCACGCCCGCCAACCAGGCCAACACCACCAUCACGAUCAAUGUCCGCGAUGUGGACGACUUGCCGCCCAAGUUCACUGAGGGCGUCUAUCGCACGAAGAUCAACGAGUUCUUUCCCAUGACUGGCGUCCCGAUACGUAUUCCCCUGUACUUUGCCCCACCGAUAAUGGCCUUCGAUCAGGACUCGCUGAAUGCCACCCUCGUCUAUGAGAUUAUAUCGGGAAAUGAACGGCAGCUGUUUCGUGUGAAUCCCCACAACGGGGUCAUGUACCUGCAGAAGGAGAUUGAUCUGGAGGAGGAGAGUUUGCCGGGCAACACAUUUGUCCUGCAGCUGGAGGCUCGACAGAAGGACAACCCCUUGAAGAAGGCACUGGCUCGCAUCGAAGUGGAAGUCCUCGAUCUGAAUGACAAUGUGCCCGAGUUCGAGGCCGAUUUCUACAACAUUUCGAUUGUGGAGAACCUGCCAACGGGCUUCAGUGUGCUGCAAGUCAAUGCCAUCGAUCGGGAUCAGGGCGAGAACUCGGAGUUUCUGUACAAUCUCGUCGAGACCAAGGAGACGACGGGUGCCUUCCGCAUUGACUCGCGAACGGGCUGGAUCACUGUCCGAGAUGAUCGAUUGCUCGAUCGCGAGCAGCGCAGAUCAAUCCAAUUGAAUGUGGAGGCCCUGGAACGCAAUCCGUCAUACCUGGAUGACAAGCACCUCAAGAAGCCAGGUCCCAGUCGAGUGCACGUGGAGAUCACACUGCUGGACACGAACGACAACACGCCCAAGUUCGAGCACGGAAAUCUGUACGAAUUUAAGGUGCCCAUAACUGCACCCACGGGCUAUGUGAUCGGACAGGUGGCGGCUAAAGAUCCGGACGAUGGACCCAACGGCCAUCUGCUGUACGAACUGCAGCGCCCCAAGGGCAGUGGCUAUAUCCCCUUCCGGCUGGACAACAAAAACGGCACCAUCUUUGUGGGCGGACCCCUCAGACGCGGACGCAUUGCGGUGUUUGUGGAGGCCAGCGAUCAGCCCACCAAUCCCUCGGAGCGUCGUUUUUCUUUGGCCGUCAUCACGAUUGAAGUCUACGCCACGAUCGAUGAUCAGGCCAUUGACUUUGUGGGAGCACCGUACGAGUUCUGGGUGGGAGCCAGCACCCCACUGGGCACCUCAGUGGGUCAGGUGCGAACCUCUCUGAUCUACGACGGCGAGGAUGAGAUAAUGUACGAUCUCCUACACACCUAUUCGGAGGGUGUGCCCUUUGCCAUCGAGGAGCGAUCGGGCAUAAUCACAGUCAUCCGAGAGCUGUCGGAGUUUAAGCGAAAAGUCUACAACUUUGAGGCGGUGGCCAACUAUCUCUUUGCGAACUCCACGAAGCCGCUGGUCAUGUCACGCAGCUCUUCACCGCUCACCACAGUAGCCGCUCCAUCCCAGUCCGAGCUCAGCGAUGAGGGAGUGCUCAUCACCAACCUGACGAUACACAUUGUCAACAAGCCCGAGCAGAAGGUGCCCCUGCGACCUGUUAUAGAGGAGAUCAAUAUGAAUGUGAUCAACUUCCAUGUGGAGGAGAAUGUCGUGGGAGGCAUCAUCGGCCAGUUGCUGUACAAGAACGGCAUCAAUCUGGUCAAUAACGAGCUGGGCAGCUUCCGUGAGCUGCCCUCGGAUGUGGCUAGUGGUAGCCGUAAUAUCACGAUGGGCAGCCGUUUCCGGAGCCGCAACCGCAGUCGCAGCUCCAAGUCGAAGCGCCGCCUGCCGCGACGCCUGGUGGGAGACUCCAACGUGAAGCUGCGGUACAUCAUCGCCAAUCAGCAGGAGGUGGUGAACAAGAUAUCCAUCACGGAGGAUGGCACACUGCUCACCCUGAUCGGACUCGAUCGGGAGCAGCAGGCCAGCUAUGAGCUGACUGUGAUUGUCGAGUACAGCACGGGUCUGGUCAGCGGUGCUGGGAUUUAUCAAGUCAAUAUCAAAGUGGACGAUGUCAACGACAAUGCCCCCAAGUUCAAUGCCCUCACCUAUGUGGGCCUGAUCAACGAGAACUGUGCGGCGGGCACGGAGCUGUCCAUGAACCAUGCCAUCCACAUCCAGGAUGCGGACGAGGGCGUCAAUGCCGAGUUUCGGGUGCAGCUGCAGGGCGACUACAGUGAGGAGUUCAGCAUUGAGUAUGUGAACGGGAGCUUCUCGGGGGCUGCUGGGAACGCCAGUCAGCACAAGAUGCCGCCCACAACGGGCGCCUUUAACAUAUUCAAUCUGACGGAUCAGUGGAACGACGAGUUCAAGUACCAGGAGCUGCACACCACCUUCAUGCAGUCGAACUUCAAGCUUAGCAGCGGCCCCUACUUCCGCAUCAGCUACACGGGCAAGCGCGGCCUGGACAGGGAGAAGCAGCAGCUGUACAAUCUGAAGCUGAUUGCCGCCGACAGCGGGGGCCUGUCGGGCUAUGCCCACUUGACCAUCCUCGUGGCGGAUGUCAACGACAAUGCCCCCAUCUUUGAGCGCAUUUCUGUGUUCAAGGACUCGCGCCUGGAGAUACGCGAGUACACCACGGACAUGGAGAUUUACUUUGUGGAGAGCUCCAGCGGCAUGGCAGCGCCCCAGGCCACCGCGGCAAUGAUGCUGGCCCCGCCGCCCUAUCACAUUCCGGGCUCCCCGCGUCUCCACAUGGAUCGGGAGAGGGCUGUGGCAGUCGGUGUUGUGGGUCGAGCCAAGUCGCGUCGUCGCAUGGUCCGGGCCCUGCCCACCAAGUGUCCCCUCUUUGCCAUCUACGAGGACACGCCCAUUGGGGCGAAAUUGUUGCAGCUGAGUGCCAGUGACGAGGACUUUGGCAAGAAUUCGCAGCUGCACUACGAGCUCCAGGGGGAGCAGGUGGAGCGCUCUCCGGGCAUGCCGCUGCUGAAGGUGCAGGGUGUGCGCCACUUCACGAUGGACAAGCUGAGCGGGGAGCUGUCGGUGAACUUUCCGCUGGCGGCCAACAUUGAAAUCUGGCUGAAUCUGAGUGUCACGGACAUAGACGGCCUCAAGGACACCACUUGCCUUCGCUUCACCGUCAUGGACGUGAACAAUCAUGCGCCGACAUUCAGGAAGUCCUGGUACAGCUUCGACACCGCCGAGGGCGAGUACAAGGACAGUGUCCUGGGCCAAUUGACGGCCAUUGACAUGGACUAUGGCGAGAAUGCCAACAUCACGUACACCCUGAGCGACCUGACGCUGCCGUUUACCAUCAAGCCCGCCUCCGGAGUGCUGAAGAUCAGCGGACAGCUGGAUCGGGAGCUGCACGACAAGUACAGCUUCCAGGUGAUAGCCACCGACAAUGCACCCACGGUGCUCCAGAGGAUGUCCAGCAGUGUGGACGUGGAGGUAAACGUCCUGGACAUCAACGACAAUCGGCCCGAGUUCAUUGGCUACGAUGACCAGACCAAGGCCGUCAAGUACUGGCCGAAUGUGGCGGACAGGACCCUCAUGCUGCCCGUUUACAAGGCGUACCUGGACCGCAGCACUCAGCCGGGGACUUUUGUGAGACAAAUGACGGCCAUCGACAAGGAUAAUGUGGGCAAUGGCAAUGGGUUGGUGCUCUACUCCAUCCGGCACCAGGAACUGCAGGCGCCACUCUUCCAGAUCGACUCCCGCGAUGGCACCAUCACCACAGUCUCCCGGAUCAACGGCUACAACGACUAUGAGCAUCUGAAUGUGUCCGUAAUUGCCUCGGACGUGGGCAGUCCCUCCCUAUCCGCCACCGCCGUGGUGAUUGUCAAUCUGCAGGGUCAGGCCGUCACUGAUCCACCAAAGUCCACGCCCAAGCCCGAGCCGCCGGCCAAUGUUACCAUCUUCCAGCACGCCUACUACGAAGUGAAGCUGGCCGAGAACAAUGAGGCGCCUAUUGAGGUAAUGCGUCUGAAUCUCAGUGCGGGACUCAAUCCGGAGAACUACCGCUGGUCGCUGUGGCUGGAAGAGGGCCUGGACGAGACAGAUGCCCAUCCACCGUUCGAGUACGAUGCCAAGAACAUGCUCCUCUACGCCCUGAAGCCCUUCGACAGGGAGCACAUAUCCCGCUAUCAAUUGCGCAUCCGGGCCGAUCGCCUCAGCAGGGAGGCGCGCAAUUUCGCCCGCGUAUCCUACCCGGUGGUGGACGAAAGGAUCGAAGGCCUGUCGCCCAACGAGUGUCGCAUCCUGGUCCACAUAUCCGAUGAGAACGACAAUGCGCCCCGUUUCCGUGGCAAUGGACAGCCGAUCGUGGCGGUCCUGCCUCAAAGCGCCAGCUUUGGUUAUCCAGUGACUCGAGUACUAGCCACAGAUGCAGAUGAGGGUCUUAAUUCCGAGAUACGCUAUCGUCUGCUGAAUGAGCCCACGCGUCUCUUUGGCAUCGAUGAGACGACCGGCAAUAUACGCCUGCUGGGAGAUCUGCCCCACGAUGAGCACCUCUAUGGCUUCGAUGUGAAGGCCACCGAUCGCAUGGGCGCCGACGAUGGACGCAGCGGCAUUGUCAACGUCUUUGUCUACAUCAUCGAUGAGUCCAAGCAGGUGCGUCUGGUGGUGGCCGGCAAACCCGUGGAGGUGGAGCGUCGCAUUGAGGGUCUAAUGGAGGCGCUAAGCUCCGCAAUUGGCAGGGAUGUGCGUGUGAGACUUCUAGAGCCCCACUCGAAUGCACUGGAACCAGCCACCAAUGCCUAUAUAUAUGCCGUUGAUCCCCAAACGAAUUCCAUUAUGGAAAUGGAACAGCUACAGGACUCUUUGGCGGGGCUCCAGCUGGAUGCACUGCAGCUCCAGCAGCAGAAAGUCGAUGGAAGCAAGUCCAUGCCGCGCAUAAUCGAAUUGGCGGAGUUCGGACAGGCGGCGCGACCCACCCACGCCUCAGCAUCCAGCUUCAUGGGAGGACUGGAAUUCGUGACCGUAUUGCUACUGGUUCUGAUCAGCCUGGGGGCACUUUUUUCCGCCUGCUGCUACCUGUGCGUGCGCCAGAAACGCCGUCUCUGGUCCCAGCGCGACUUUGCUGCCUCGGAUGCUGGCCUCACAUACACCAUAGCCGGCAUCGGGGCCUCCUCCCGUGGCCAGAAACAGCGUCGCCAGCGCCCGCAGCGGCACACACAGCGCUGCAGCAAGGGCAGCGCCGGGAGCCAGCGGCCAACGAGCGCCUUCAUGCCCGAGUCGGUCUGCUCCUCGGCCCAGACCCAGUCGACGGCCACGGCAACGGAGAAACUGGAGCAACAGUUGCAUCAUCAUCACCAGCAACAGGCUCUGGCCACGCAGCAGCAGCAUCAUCAGUACCUGAACGAACAGCAGCGACAGCGCGAGUACAUUGAUGUGCCGCUGCCCAAGUCCAUUGCCAAGGCGGCGGCGGCGGCGGCAGCAGCAGCCGCUGGCACAGAUGCCAACGUUGGGGCAGGCACAGGCAGCACACCAUUUGUGCUCAAAUACAAUUCCUGUCAGCCAGUGAACAAUCUAAACAACUAUGAGACCUCGCUGUUCUCGCUGCACUCGACGGGACAGGACUCGGGUGUGGAGUUCCUGAGCAGCCGCGAGCUGUACGAGACCUCGCCGGACUCCUUCCAGCACAGCGGCUCGAAGCGCAUCACCAAUCCAGAAGUACUCUGUCCCAGACAUGCCAAGGCCCACCUAGAGCUGCGACAGCAGCAACAGCAGCCCAACACGGACAGCAGUGACACCUACGAGGAUUCCCUGAAGACCGAUGAACCGCUGGUGGCGCACAACUGCCGCAACGGGAGCUGUGAGCACCGCCAGCACCACCAUCAGCAUCCCCACUAUCAGAAUACCCGUUUCGAGAAGCGCUCCUGUGUGCGACACUCGUUCUCCGGCGUCAAGGAUGACCUGAUGCAGAGCUCGCCGCAGAUCUCGCUUCGUCCUCGGGGUCAUGCGCUGCGCAACUCGAUGAACGAUCUGGAGCAGCGGCUGCACAACCUGGAGCAGUCCUUCCAACGACCCCUCGAGUUUAGCAAAUCGAAUUCUUUGUUCUAGUUGAUACGUAAA